AUGGAUACCAUGAUUCCUUCACCUGGUUGUGAUUGUGAGGAAUCAGCUGUAUAUGUUAUGCACUUUAGAUCCCAAAGGUUGCUGCAGUUUCUCAUGGGGUUAAAUGAAAGCUAUGGUGCAAGUAGAAGUAACAUACUGGCCAGGAAGCCAACUGUAACUAUAAAUGAGGCUUAUGCAAUAGCUACUCAGGAGGAAAACCAAAGAACAUUAGGAGUUGGAGAUAGGCACAAAGCGCCCUUGACUUUACUUGCAGAUAGGAAUCAAGGCAAGCAUGGUUAUGGAAAUGGAAAUCAAUAUUAUAGAAAUGAUGGAAAUCAGAAUUAUAGGAAUAGAUAUGGAGUGUCAUGUAGACACUAUGGAUACAAAGGACAUCUUGAGAAUAGAUGUUAA